AUGGCCAGGACAAAUCCUCGUAAUACUGUUUCAAGCACACAUCACGAUGAGGUUAAUGCCAAUUCAAAUAAAGUCUUGAUGCCGGUUUCUGAUCAUGGCCCCAAUUCACCUGCAGUUUCGUACUGGGGCCGAUUUACGUUAUUCAAUCAAUUUAGGCUUUUGGAAAAUUUUAAUUUAUUGCGAUGCUUAUCCGUAAUCGAGGUGAAAUUCAAUCGCCACACUUAUAGAAGUGUUGAUGAAUUAAUACUAGUUCAAAGGCAACCUUUACAUGAAGAAAACAAGAUUGUUAUGCCUGUGUUGCCUAAUCAGCAAGCAAUUCAAGAGCAGAGUAUGUGCAAUGCCAUUACAGAUCAUGAGAAUACAUAUCCAGUUGGACAAGAAGAGAAUGAUCAAGUGAAUCGAAUGAACGCGAAUAGUGAACGAAAAGGAACUGUGCUGGAUAAAUCGGCUCAAUCUGCAGACUUACCAUUAUCAUUCAAUUCGAUGAUAGAUGAUAAUCGAGAUUGGCCUUAUUUGACCGACGAAUGUACUUGCAUGUUACUUCGAAUUCCACUACAUCAAAGAAAUAAAAGUGGAGCCACUUAUCACUCUAGAUAUUGCCCUUACAAUAGAAACAUUCGCAAAAACACUGAACGCAAAUUAACCGUUCGAACCUAUCUUAAAUCUGCACUUAGGUUUAUAUGUAUGAUUACUUCAACGAGUAUCUUGUUGGCAAUGCUGUUUUACAUCUUGGUCAUCCUUUGCUACCUGAGUGAGCAAGUAACUUUUGACCAAUGCAAAGUUUUUUGGUGCACGUUCUCUACAGAUUUAUAUGAUGGCAGAGAUGAUGUCAACGUUGUCUUACCUUCAAUUGUUGCAAUAAUUUGUGACAUUAUUGGAUAUUCUGGGUCUGCUGCCCUGGCAAGCCUAUUUGUCUGUAUUGGAUGUUUAUUCCUAUGGAUCAUUUCAGGCAACGACAGGUCUUUACUUACCAUUGAAUCACGCAACUAUCAUCCUUUCUUGCUAUCUUGUUAA